AUGCUAUCCUCUUUGGCUUUGACAGCCCUCGCUCUCCUGCCUGCAGUGCAGGCAGCUCCCUCUACAAGUCCUCGCCAUGCCCCCCUCGGCAAACGCUGCGGCACGGUAUCUCAGUACUAUAAUCAGCAGCAAUCAGACUGGGAUAAGUACAACACGGGCGAUUGGCUCAACAACUGGUGGAACAACAAUACAGACCUUGUAUCCGGGAACAGCGGCGGGUUCGCUGGUGCCUUUGGUCAAUGGGCAAUGGGAAAUCCAGACUGGACGUGUCGUGACGACGGCUCGGACUCAGACUGCGAUCUGCAGCUGUGUGAUAACCGGGUGCUCAAUGACCGCGGGGAUGAUAUUCGUCCUGCUUACUAUGUUCUCGAGUCUACCAACCGUUUGCACUCGUACUUUAGUGGCAUUGGUGAAUCGUUCACGACUACCGCUUUGGGUGCGGCUCUGUCCAAGGAUUCAUGGGCUACGACUUUCUACACCGACAAGGAUGAUAAGAGUGUCACUGCCCUCAAGGAGGUGUUGACACUCGUGACGACCGUUGUCGGUAUUGGGGCUGCGUUUGCUGGACUUGGCCCUGCUGUUGCUGGAGCUUUGGCUGGUGCUGGUAGUGCACUUACCAGUGGCAGUGUCACUGCUACUGCUAAUGCCCUGUCUUCUCACUCCGAUGAUACCUUUCAGAAAUCUGCCGACCUGGGUGGCAUCCUGGGUAACAUCGUGGUCGACUCAAUGAAGUCGUUCACAACCGCCAACAACCAACUGAUGAGCGGUCAGGACUAUGCCAACGUCGAUAUCCGCACCUAUAUCGGGGGCGGUGCCUUCCUCGCCUUCCCCGGUGUCGACAAGAAUUCCGUCACUGAUGCAAUGACCAACAUGCUGAUCGGUAUUGCCAUCAACCAGCUGUAUCGCCAGCAAAAGAUUUUCAUCAUGGGUGGUGGUGCCUGCGGUGAUAACCAGGGCAUCGGAUCUGGUCCUCAGGAAUCAGUGGUUUGCCGUGAUGGAAGAGCCUGGUAUCUCUACUACUGGCAGGAGAACGAUGUGGUUUCUACUACCUCUCAUCAAUGGGGAUGGGUUGCCACGCCCCCUGGACUGGAUUCGCUAGGCCAGAAUGAAUAUUCUGGGGUCUCUAGAGAAGAUAUCAUCAACUCGUCCCUGGAUGCUUGGGAAGUAGCUGGCUACAACUAUGAUUCCGACACUGCUGCCUCUCGUGCUGAGGAUGCCAUCGGCAAUGCUUGGGCCAGCCCGGGCUCGAAGGGCGCAUCCUGGGAGGGUAUCUUCACGAUCCCUGUGUGUGAUGUUGGCAGUGCUGUCGAUGCGGAUUACCAGGACAAGGAGUAUAUCCUGCAGCCAUACGGCCAUGACGCGCGUCCUGUUUGGUGUGGACCGAUCUGCGAAGGCGAUCAGGACAAGACGCAAUCGUUCAUCAAGGCAGCCAACAUGGACGGUUUCCAGAGCCCUAAGCAUCUCUGUAGUUCCGACCCGGGAUACUAA